AAGCCAUAAUCCUCUCUUCCCUAAACCCCCAGCAUGAACUUCAAAAUGCAGAAAGCUGAUAAUGAUAACCACACUGCUAUUGCGACAUUCUUCACUGAGCUGAAAUGAAGAAGUGCAACAAUAACAAGAGAUGAGCAUAGUGAAAACCUGAAACUCUUUCUCUAUUCCUUAUCAUCGUCAAAACAUGAAUUCUCAAAUUGCAAACACCAUCGAUAUCAGGCUCCAACUCCCAAAACCCUUCUUCCCUCGCAAAAUCCCUUUCCCCUUAUUUCCUCACUCUUCACCUCGCUUUCUCACCACCACAUUCCCCUCUCGCAACUUCUCAAAUCGAUGCAAACUCAGAAUCACCGCUUCCAAUUCUCUUUCCGACUCAACCAAUCCCAACCAAGAGCAAGACGCCGAAUCCGCUCAACUAUUCGAGAAACUGAAGGAGGCGGAGAGGAAACGGAUGAAUGAGUUGGAGGAAUUUGACAAGAAGGCGAAUGUGCAGUUAGAGAGGCAGCUUGUGAUGGCUUCUUCAUGGAGCAGAGCUUUGUUGACUUUGCGUGGAAAACUGAAGGGAACGGAAUGGGAUCCUGAGAACUCACACAGGAUAGACUACAGUGAUUUUUUGAGACUUCUUGACUCUAAUAAUGUCCAGUUUAUGGAGUAUUCUAAUUACGGUCAAACAAUAUCAGUUAUUCUACCAUAUUACAAAAAUGGGAAACCGACGGGAACUGAAGGAAAUACUCAGGGUAUUAUUUUUCGGCGUCAUCCAGUCAAUAUAAUGCCAAUUGAUAGUUGGAAUGAUGUUUGGAGAAAGCUACAUCAGCAAAUUGUAAAUGUUGAUGUCAUUAAUGUGGAUGCCGUGCCUGCUGAAAUAUACUCAACUAUUGCAGUUGCAGUCAUAUGGUCUAUGCGUCUUGCUCUGGCUGUUGGAUUUUAUGUGUGGAUUGAUAAUUUGAUGAGACCAAUAUAUGCCAAGUUGAUACCUUGUGAUUUGGGAACUCCUAGCCAAAAAACUACACAGCCACUAAGAAGUCGUGCACUUGGAUCUCUAGGCCAGAGUCGGGCUAAAUUUAUAUCUGCAGAAGAAAGAACUGGUGUUACAUUUGAUGAUUUUGCUGGCCAGGAAUAUAUAAAGAAUGAACUACAAGAGAUUGUCCGAAUUUUAAAGAAUGAUGAGGAGUUUCAAGACAAAGGUAUUUAUUGUCCAAAAGGUGUACUUCUUCAUGGGCCUCCUGGAACUGGUAAAACUCUACUGGCUAAAGCCAUAGCAGGUGAAGCAGGGUUGCCUUUUUUUGCAGCUAAUGGCACGGAUUUUGUAGAGAUGUUUGUAGGGGUUGCUGCAUCCCGUGUUAAAGACCUUUUUGCAAAUGCAAGAGCAUUUUCACCUUCUAUAAUCUUUAUUGAUGAGAUAGAUGCUAUUGGUAGCAAGCGUGGAGGACCUGAUAUAGGCGGAGGAGGUGCUGAAAGGGAACAAGGUUUACUUCAGAUACUGACUGAGAUGGAUGGAUUCAAAGUUUCCACAGCACAGGUUCUCGUGAUAGGUGCCACAAAUAGAUUGGAUAUUCUUGAUCCUGCUCUAUUGAGGAAAGGUCGUUUUGACAAGAUCAUUAGAGUUGGUUUGCCAUCGGAGGAUGGAAGAUUUGCCAUUUUGAAGGUGCAUGCUAGGAAUAAAUUUUUUCACUCUGAGGAGGAAAAGGAAACUCUACUUAAGGAAAUUGCUGAACUGACAGAAGAUUUUACUGGGGCAGAGCUACAAAAUAUACUGAAUGAAGCUGGAAUUUUGACAGCCAGGAAGGAUUUGGACUACAUUGGGCGAGAUGAGCUGCUUGAGGCAUUGAAGAGGCAAAAGGGAACAUUUGAAACAGGGCAAGAGGAUAGUACUGAAAUUCCUGAAGAAUUAAAAUUGAGAUUGGCAUACAGAGAAGCAGCUGUUGCUGUUCUUGCAUGUUUUUUCCCCGAGCCCCACCGUCCUUUUGUUGAGACUGAUAUAAAUUCUAUCCGCAGCCAGCCAAAUAUGCAUUAUGCUGAAAUUUCUGGCCAGGUUUUUGCAAGGAAAUCAGAUUACAUAAACUCUAUAGUGCGUGCUUGUGCUCCAAGAGUAAUUGAGGAGGAGAUGUUUGGGAUUGACAACUUGUGUUGGAUCUCUGCAAAGGCAACAUUAGAAGCUUCAAAGCAUGCAGAGUUUUUAAUUCUGCAGACAGGCAUGACUGCUUUUGGGAAAGCAUAUUACAAAAACUAUAGUGACCUUGUGCCCAAUCUUGCAAUGAAGCUUGAAGCACUUCGAGAUGAGUAUAUGCGUUAUGCCACAGAGAAGUGCUCAUCUGUGCUAAAAGAGUACCAUUUGGCUGUUGAGACAAUCACAGAUAUUUUGCUUGAAAAGGGGCAAAUCAAAGCUGAGGAGAUUUGGGACAUUUAUAAGAGUGCUCCUCGUGUAGCUCAGCCUCCUGUCAGUCCAGUUGAUGAAUUUGGAGCACUGAUUUAUGCUGGACGAUGGGGAAUCCAUGGGAUCAGUCUUCCCGGAAGGGUUACAUUUGCACCAGGCAAUGUUGGAUUUGCGACCUUUGGUGCACCUCGCCCUACAGAGACACAAAUUGUUAGUGAUGAAACUUGGAAAUUAGUAGAUGAUAUCUGGGAUAAAAAGGUUCAAAACAUUAAAGAUGAAGCUUCAAUGGUGAUUGAAGAAGAGAAGGAAAAGCCACAGCUUUUGAUGGCGAGCCAUUUUCUUUGAGAGGAACUUAAAUAUAACUUACAUACAGAUGCAUCUACUGGGAAAAGAAUACAAACAUCAAUUAUGUUGCAGAAAUAGCAACAAUGGGUCAAACUAAUUACACGCUUGUUUUCGCUCACAUGCUUUAUUUAACUUUAAUUGCCAUUGACAGAUGCAUCUACUGGGAAAAGAAUACAAACAUCAAUUAUGUCACAGAAAUAGCAACAAUGGGUCAAACUAAUUACACGCUUGUUUUCACUCCUCUGAUCUAAUUUGCACUGUAAAAUUUCAUGCUGCCCUUCUAUUUGAGAAGCUGCACCAUCAGGAUGCUACCCUUCCCUUUGCCCACAGCUCUUUUUCCGCAUGGAUGUCAACUUGGAAUGCAUAUUAUCAAAAUGAAGAUUGACACAUUCUCGAACAAGCUGAAGGAUACUUAAAAGACUUAUUCAAAUCAUUCAACUUUGUGAACGAGACAUUUUUUUGCCACAGAUGAAGCACCGAGGGUUUUAGUCUGAGCUGUUAAGUGAAAUUCAUUACUACCCGCAUUGUAAUUUAUCACAGAGGGAUACUUUAUUGAGACAAUUGUAAAUGUAUCAAUUAUAUCAAAUGUUUCUAUGUAGUUGUUGUUACUUUGUGAUCGUUGUUAAUGAUAAAUUAAAGGGUGAAAAUUGUUGCA